CUCGCGGUUCCAGAGAGAUGGGGUUGCUCAAGGAGGGGAGCCUGAAGCUGAGCAGCCACCAGGUGGUGCCGCUCUUCCUCGGGGCAGCUCUGCCCACGAUCCUCCUCUUCGUCUUGGCCUCCGACCGGCUGGACGAGCAGCUGUCCAGCGUCUCCGGCAGCUGGCUGGGGAACAGCAACGGUGGAACUCCGGGGACGGCUCCUGCACUGCUACCGAAACGUGAGGAGGAGAAAUUCACAGGGCUCGCAGAGCUACUAACCAAGGUAGCGACCGAUGACGGGACGGUGAUCAUCACAUCAGUGAACGAGGCGUGGGCGCGGCCAGGCUCCCUCCUUGACCUCUUCCUCGCGGGCUUCAAGAACGGCAAGGGUAUAGCGCACCUCCUCAAUCACACUCUCAUUGUCGCUGUCGAUCGAGACGCCUUGGCCCAUUGCGAGGUUGUGCACCCACAUUGCUACCUCUACGAGGUCAGCUCCGCCAACGUCAGCUCCGCCAACCGCUUCAUGUCCAAAAGCUACCUCGAGCUCGUGUGGGCCAAACUCGGGGUCCCGGAGCGUGUCCUCCAGCUUGGCUACAACUAUCUCUUCACCGAUGUGGAUAUCUUGUGGCUGCGCAACCCGUUCCGGCACAUCAACCUCUACGCCGACAUGGCGAUCUCGACCGACGGUUUCGAAGGUAAUGCCGAGGCCCUAACAAAUGUGGGAAACACCGGCUUCUACUACGUUAGGUCGACGAACAGGACGGUGGAGAUGCUAAAGCGCUGGCGGGCAGUGAGGUCACGGUUCCCCUCCACCCACGACCAAGGAGUGCUAAACGAGAUCAAGGCCGAGCUCGCGGCCGGUGACCUACAAAUCAAGUUUGUGUUCCUUGACACAGUGAUCUUUGGCGGUUUCUGCCAGUUCCACGGAGAGAUGGACAAGGUAUGUACGAUGCACGCCAUCUGCUGCAUCGGGCUCGAGAACAAGGUGCAUGACCUUAGGAACCUGGCCGCUGACUGGAAGAACUACACGAGCCUGGCACCAACGGAGAAGAGGAGUGGCAGACGUAGGUGGACAUCCCCCAACCGGUGCAAGGCGUCGAUGAGAAAACAGUGA